UGUUUGAAGGCGUUUCGCUCGAAUCGCAGCCCUUGGUACGGCAUACCUCCCGAACAUAGCCGAUAACUGCAAGCGAUUAGCUACUGUACGUUGUCAUCUUAAACUUUGCGUACAAGACGAAUCGUUUUGAUGAGAUCAGAACUUUCUAUAAACUUCAAGCGGCACCUCAGAUACUUCUGCAUUGAUUUGCAAAACUUACGAACUCCUGUGAGAAAACUUCUUCCAGCCUGACCCUGUUGGACUGAUCGCCACGGACUUGGGACAUCCACGCUUUGCUGAUCCUGUUUUUUACGAUCCCUGGCGGUCAAAAAAUGGGAAGCAAGACCCUGGCGGCGCCGGUGCCCCUGCACCCGUCCCUGCAGCUGGCCAACUACGGCCUCCUGCAGGCCUCCGGCGGGCUCCAGCUGCCCGCCGACCACAUCCCCAACAUCUACAGCUUCAGCGCCCUGCACGCCGUGCACCUGCACCAGUGGACGCUGGGGUACCCGCCCGUGGCCCUGCCCCGCUGCACCUUCUCCAAGCUCCCCGCGCUGAUGGACGGGCGCCUGCCUCUGCCCGCCCUGCUGCCCCCCUUCUUCCCCCACAUCGUCCAGCCCGGCAAGCAGGACUCCGCCUCCUCCGGCGGAGGCGGUGGGACGCAGGGGGCCAAGAGGAGCAAGCCCCGCUUCGACUUCGCCAACCUGGCGGUGGCGGCCACCCAGGAGGAGCCGCUGAAGGCGGAGGACCUGAGCUCGCCGCCGGGGCCGGGGCCGGUGCUGGCGCUGGGCUCCCUGCUGGACGCGGCCAAGCUCUCCCCGGAGAGGAAGCCCAGCCGCGGGCGGCUGCCCUCCAAGACCAAGAAGGAGUUUGUCUGCAAGUUCUGCGGCCGCCACUUCACCAAGUCCUACAACCUGCUGAUCCACGAGCGGACACACACGGACGAGAGACCGUACACCUGCGACAUCUGCCACAAGGCCUUCCGGCGGCAGGACCACCUGAGGGACCACAGGUACAUCCACUCCAAAGAAAAGCCUUUCAAGUGCCAGGAGUGCGGGAAGGGCUUUUGUCAGUCCCGGACGCUGGCGGUCCACAAAACGCUGCACAUGCAGGUCAAGGAACUAAAACCGUCGAAGAUAAAGUGACGCCCCCCCCCCCCCCAGAUGCACGCGAGGACAGAAGAGUGACACGGGGUGGACACUGGAACAAAGAGGACCGAGCAAAAGGAGAAACGGAAACGAAAACAACAACAACAACAACAAAAA